CAGCACGGGGUAACUUACUGUAAACAGAACAAACAUUUGCAUAGAAAGCAGGAAGUUUUUCAUUAAUCAACAUCAACGUGCGUCAGGCUCUCUCAUUGAGUUUUCGCUUUAGUUUAGCGGUUUUAAACUCUGUCUGAAAUAUAUAUUUUUAAUGACGGACUUGAACGGACAGUAAUCUUCCUACAGAAUGAUUCUUCGACUAGUUUUGGUGUUAGCGUGUGUGUCGCUGUCGUCUACGGUGAGGCCAUUGUCGUUGCCUCUUAACUGCUCUCGCCAGGGUUUGAUGUGUGCAGUCACCAUAUAUAACUGUAUGGACGUGGAUUGGGUGAAAGUUUAUAAUUACACUCCCAGCAGUCCAGAGGGGCUGCAGGUUUCUGUGGACACCAGGCAUGACACGACAGGACACCUGCAGCCUGUACUGGUCGCUAACUGGAAAAUAAAGGAUGAUGGCAGUAUUGGUUACCUGAAAGCCACAGAGCUUCAUGUUCUGGUAGCGUCCACCAACGAGAACCUGUGUGUCCGAUAUUCUUUUAAUAGCCAACUCCAAAUGAGAAGUCCAUCAGGGGAAAAGUGGUCGUUCUCAGCUAACAUGCUGGUGUUGGACCCUGGUCAGACGUACUGGGUGUCUGUCUUCAACAUCCCCAAACCAGAGAUGGGCCACAGCCACUACGACAUCAGCACUGAUAUCACCGUUCCUGAUUGUCCCGAUCCUAAAAUGAAGACGACCCAUUUUUGCAUAGAGAGAGGUAGUCUGUGGCAGCCUGCCAUCCAGACGGCUGUGAUCACUGCGGACAGAGGAGGAUCUGUACUUGCUGUCAGCUUCACUCCUGACACACUCUGUGAGAAGUACAUGGUUAUUGUACGCUGCUCCAAUAUCCAUCGUGAAAACCAUGCAUACAAGGCUAAUCAGAAGACCCUGAAUGCAACAUUCAACCUUGAUGAAUGGCCGAGAGGUUGCUGCCAGUUUGACGUUGAGAUCAAACCUUUUUUCCCACAAUGCGGCCAGGACUGUACCCGUCGAAAGACAACUCUGGAUAUUUGUCGUGUAAACCCGACAGAAGCCUCCGAUGUCCCAGUCUACACAUUUGUCGUCCUGGGAGUGGUGCUUAUUUGUGUUGUGAUGACCGUUAUUAUGUAUUUCCUCUGCAGGAAGUCAGGCAAUCCUGAUGUUGCUGCAGCACCUGUGGGCGGCGUAAUACUGCAGCAGCAGCAGCAGCUUAAAGACACUCCCACAGUGCUGGUCAUCUACUCCCAGGACCACCACCUCUACAGGGACGUAGUGCUAAAGCUCUGCGCCUUCCUCCAGGCCAAGUGUGGCGUCAAGGUGCUGAUGGACCUGUUGGACUCCACCUUGGUCGGCAUCGUGGGGCCCAUUCGCUGGCUUGAGUGGCAACGGCAACAGCUUAAAAAUCCUUCUGACAAAAUCCUGGUACUGUGCUCGCAAGGCGUCCAGGCAAAGUGGAGGGCCAUGUGCGGUCAAGGUCGGGUGAAACUGAGGGAAGACGUUCUCUCCCCUAGUGACGACAUGCUCACGCCCUUUCUCAACCUCUUCCUACCUGACAUGCAUCAGACAGGCAACCUGGGCAAGUACAUGGUGGCUUACUUCGAUGACAUCAGCAGGGAACAAGACUUGCCAUCAGUUUUUGACAUCGCAGUCAAAUACAAGCUGAUGAAGCAUUUCGAAGAGCUGUACUUCCGCAUCGUGGACAUUGAGAAGUAUCAGCCAGGCCAGGUCUGCCACAUCAAGGGCAUUGGUGCCGACGACUAUUUCGACUGUCCCUCGGGUAGAGCCCUGAAGAAUGCCAUUGAAACCUUCCAGGCCUACCAGUUGGAAAAUCCUGAUUGGUUUGAGAAGGAGUGUGUGGGCAGUGAGGAGGAGGUCAUGGCUGAGGCUAACCCGCUCAUUGACCAGCUGCAGAUCCCCCCGGUCCUUGAGUGUGUCCCUCUAAUCAGAGACGACGGGCUUCCUGUCUUCAUCCACGAGGUAGAAAUCAAUGAAAAUGGCGACAGUGUUCAUGUCCUUAUACCUGAAGUGAACCCAGAGCGCAAGCUUGCGUCAGUGGUAGAACUUACACCAGUAGUGAACCAUCCGUAUCUGUCAAACCUGAAAGAAGUGUCGACAGAUCACCUGUGUCCUCACAGCCCCAGGCCAGAAUCUGUCUACAUAGUUGAGCCUGUUUUGAACAACCGGCAACCACCAAGGCAGAACUGGCUCUCCCUCGAGGAAGAAGCCUUCGGUCAAAUUCCCACCGAGGAUGACGAAGAGGCUUCGCUGCUACCCAUGAGCCAACUCUCCGCUCAUUCGGACCAGAGAAGCUCGGCUUUACAGAACUCCCUGAACUCAAAACUUCAAGAAUCCCCACGUGCCAACAUGCAGAGUGAAUAUUUCCCUCCAUCCGAAAUCAACCGCUCUCAGCCUGUGGAGAUGGUGGAGGACGACGAGGUUCUGGAGCCCGGUGGAAAGGGUCCUAACAGUGGAUCUGAUCAAGGCUACAUCUCCAAAAUCUCCUCCCAGCACGAAUCCCCUUUCAAAGAGGAUCCAAUGGAGGCUCUGAGAAGACUGCAGGAGGAGCUGUUUCUUCAAGGAUACUCAGACCCUGAAGCGAACUGAUGCUGACAGUCCAAAGUCCAGCCCCGAGUACAAACGCUUCACUGACUGACACCGACAUCACAUGCGCAAUUACAAGAAGCGCCUGAACGUAGGAGGGUGUAGGAUCUGCAGAGACAGAGGUAUUUGUGUGGGGCUUAUAUGUUACAUUUUAUGACCAUCAUAACCCAUAUAUUUUGACUAUGUUGCUUGAUCAAAAGGAAUGAAUAACAAUCAACGAGAUCAGGCCUUCAUAGAUCAAAGAAGAAGACACUGUGACUGUACAUGUAGAGGGUUGUUUGAAUGGACGUUGCACCUGCUGAGAUUUGGACCAGAAAAUUAGGAACCUAUUCCAAGAGAUGGAAGAAGAAAACGUUCUUCUUGACCUUGAAAUAAAUAACCACCGAUAGAUUUGUAGGAACCGAACAUCUGAGACACAGACAAACAAAACUUUCUUAAAGUACAAAGUUUUAAUCUUCCGAAAAUUCCAAUCAAGUGUGUUUGGAGUGCAGUCAACAUAAUGUGUCCUCCGCCACUCACGCUGUUCUCCUUCCUUCCAGAGUCUCUGAUUGGUUAUGAAUUGAAAACGGGCUCAUGUUCCAUUACAGUCUCACUCAUGAAGACUCUGUUACACAAAGAAACUUUGAAAUAACACACAUUUAACUGCAGCCAACAGCAAGGUGACUUCUUAUCUUCUUGUAGCCGUUUCCCACCGGCUGCACUUAUCAAUUAAGACUCCUACGCACACGUGUCUUUGCUCUGGAAGAUGAAUCAUUAUCACACAGGACCAACCUCCCUUUCCUACCCUAGUGUCUUUACACAGUGGGCUCCAUGUGUGCACUCUCACAGGAUCUAUUCAUGUUAUCAAACAUAUAGUAACGGGAAGUUCUCUCGCUCGCCCUGUACAAAGUCAUCGCUGCUUCAUAUUCUCUCACGAUUACAAAAUGAUGUAAUAUAUGUACUGUAAAUAAAAUGAACGCAUCUAGGUUAUACACUGAUUAUAUAAAUGGACCUUUGUAGAUGUUUUGCUUUGUGUGAGCAAAAAAAAUGAAGUUGGCCAACAUGUAUUAUCGUUGUUCCAUAAUGAAUCUCCAAAGAAGACUUGCUCUUUGGUUCUGAGAGACUGAAAACAAAUGUUUAAAUGUAGUUUAUUGUUGAGGCUUUCAAAUUUCAGAUUUUUUUUUCUGUAAAUAUUUUGAGGUGAUGUGUCUUCAUCAUGUGACCUUUUUAUCCACGGGAGAAAGGCAGAAGUAUUCCAGGAAAUGACGUAUAUUGCAAAUAUCGGUUAAUUUAAGGAUUUGUAUUUGAUAAUGAAGGUCUUUGUUGAAUAAUGUCUCUAACAGCACUUCCUCUUUAUUAUAAAAGAAUCCAUAAUAAAUAUCAAAAACACAAAUCA